AUGCCGGCCGGUGCGUUUGUGUUCCGAAGGCAGGCCGACUUAAAGGUGUUUCACUUUAUUGUAAUUACAAUGGAGGAGAGCACACACGUGACUCCAUCUGUCAAGGAAUUAAACAAAAUUUUAUUUGGAGGGAAACGCUUUGGGAACCACGUGGAUGAGGUUUGGCCAGGCCUUUUCAUUGGUGACGUGUCAGUGGCUAACGACCGCUACCUCCUGUGGAAGCUAGGCAUCACCCACGUAGUGAACGCUGCACACGGAAGGAAAUACUGCGAGGGCAGCCACCAGUUCUACGGAUCCUCGGUGGAAUAUUACGGCGUGCCCGCUGACGAUUCGCCGUCCUUUGACCUGUCACCCUACUUCCUCCCGUGCUCGAAGUAUAUCGACAGCGCUCUCAACAAAACCGGCGCUAGCGUGUUGGUUCACUGUGUGGUGGGUGUGAGCCGCUCCGCGUCACUAGUGCUGGCGUUCUUGAUGAUUUGUCACGGCCUCACCCUGCUGGACGCCAUCCACAAAGUCAAAGAACGCCGCUGGAUCUUCCCCAAGGCUGGCUUCCUCAAACAGCUCCGAAUUUUGGACCAAAAACUCGCACGGGAACCUCAACUACGGCAGUUGCCGUAA